AUGGUGGUUCAAUCAAAUGAACACAUAGCUCAACUUCAACGUGAACAUGAACAACGUCUUCUGGAACAACAACAAGCGGCACAAUGGAAUUUCACAUUAGAAUUAACAAAAAGAGCAGAGUACUUCAGUGAAAAACAACGACAAGAAGAUCGUGAUUGGAAUCAAUUAAAUGUUGAAUUGAAUCGAAAUCUCACUGCAACACAUCAUCAAAAAGAGUUUGAAUUUCGUGAGACAGUCGAACUCGCUGGCCAACGAGGUAUGGCUCAAGAAAGACAACAACAUGAAUGGACAUUAGAACAAUAUCGUUCUCAACGAAUCGAAGAACAUCAACGGCACGAACAAUUUCGUCAGGAUGAACAUGAUCUUGAUAAAUUUCUCGAUACAUAUAAUUUAACUCGUGAAUCUAUACCACUGCUUCAACGAAAAGUGUUGAGUUUACUUCGUCGAUUCGAUGUUCCACACAAAACUCUUCUAAUUCAAAUUCUCAACGAUGCAAAUCUUCUUCUAGAUAACAAUACUGAUCUUCCAAGACAACGAAUUAGUUUAGCAGGAGUCAAUUUAAAUGGAAUUCAACUGGGAAACAAAGAUGGAAUGUUUUGUCCCAGUCAGUAUUUUGAUCAACUUGAUCUUGACCGCGCCACACUAAUUGGUGCGUCUUUUGAUUGUCUAUCACUUCGUAAUACAUCUUUCAGAUGGGCCAAUCUGACUUAUGCUUCUCUCACUCGUUCCGAUCUACGUGACAGCAAUUUCGGUAUUGCUAAACUUCAUAAUACCAGUUUUCAGGAAUCCCAAUUGGACAGAGGCCGCUUUCCCUAUGGCUCACUUGUUGGUGCCGAUUUUCGACAAGCUUCACUUAUUAAUGCAAGUCUAGCCUUCGCUGACAUUAUUGAGACUGACUUUAGUGAAGCCAAGCUUGAUGCAGCUAUCUUCUUAGAUGCUCAAUUGAAUGGAGUCAAUUUCGAGCGUGCCAAUCUUCAUAAAGCGAAAUUGGAUACAGCAAAAUUGGUGCAUGCUAACUUUUAUCAAGCUAACGGUGGUGAGAAUAGCUUUCGGUUUACCAAUAUAACGGAUGCUAUCUUUCGACAGGCACACUUUAUUCAGUCCGAUUUUUACGGAGCCGAAGGUAAUCGAACUGACUUCUCAAAGGCCAUUCUUGAUGAUAGUGAACUUCUCAAUGUCAAAUUAGAAGAAGCUAUUUUCGAAGAUGCCAGUAUGGCUAGAGUCAAAAGUCAACUCAAUCAAGUCUUCUCCCUAUCCAAGGCCAUUCUACCGGAUGGAUCGAUCGGCAAGAAUAAAAAUCUCAUUCGAAAUGGCAAUCCAACAUGUGAUGAAUCAAUGACAAUGAAUAUUUCCCAAUGGACAGUACCUGUUCAAGGAUCAAUUAUUAUUGUGCCGCAAGUUAAUGAUGAUAAUUGUGUCUUUCAAGCGACAACAUCGAAUAUCACUCACCUGAUUCAAUCAGUCGAUGUCAGUCAUUAUGUAAAACGAAUGAUGAAUGCCGGUUUGACAUAUGUCUUGCUCGAAGCUAAUAUCAUUACGAAUAAUAUCAAGAUUAAUCUUCGUUUCUUCAAUUCAACCGACAAUCUCGUCGAUGAAGGUAUUCAUGACCUUGUAGUUUCAUUUUGA